CGCCGGGUAAAAGGCUCCCUGUCAGAGAUGUGCAUGUUUAUCUGUGACUGCUGUAGUAGAUAGUGACGGGGAACAUUUAGUGGAAUGUAUGGAAGUAUAUUUUUACGCAUUGCCGAAUUUAUAUUACCAUUCCAAAAAAUGAUUCAGCCAGGGUUCUGGUGCAGACUGCACAGUUGUUGUUUUCAUACUUCAAUUGCUGUUUAACGUUUGAACCGGUUGUAUCACCUUAGGCCAUCGCUUUCACAGGCUAUUUAAUGAUCCGACAUCUGAACCGUAACUCUGCAUGAUAGCUGUGUCUGGGACAAUCUCUCUCUCUCUCACUCUCUCUCUCUCUCACACACACACACACACACACACACACCGGUUAUACUGGACGGGAAAUGAGGCGCACACACCGUUUCUGCACGGCGUGACACCCCGUAUCAGCCGUUAUCCCACUGAUCGCGGCCAUCUGCGGCUGUGUUUUUGGAACUAAAGGCGCACGGACGACAGACACCAUGUCGGACAUGGAGUGGAAUUGCUCCAUAUCCAAAAAGACUAUGAUUACCAAGCAUUUCAGAGUGCGCAAGCGGAGGGAGAUGCUUCUGGCGCAAGUGUGUGUAGUGUGCGGAGUUCUGCUGGCGGCCUGGUGCAUGUCAGCGCUCCUCACCAAAACAGGUCAUGGAAUCAUGUUGCAGGAGCACUUUGCUGGACCGACAGACCAUCUGGGCCGUAGACUGAUGGCCACUGAGGAACAUAAUGAGACCGUGGAAAAGAACUGCUCUGCACCAGCCAUCCAUGAGUUCCCUGAGGAUGUGUUCACAAACCGAGAGCGUACACAAGGCGCCGUCCUGCUGCACAUAUUUGCUGCUGUCUACAUGUUCUUGGCUCUGGCCAUUGUAUGCGACGACUACUUUGUUACGUCGCUGGAGAAGAUCUGUGAAAAACUGAACAUGAGUGAGGAUGUAGCUGGUGCAACAUUUAUGGCAGCUGGAAGCUCAGCUCCUGAGCUUUUUGCCUCCAUCAUUGGUGUGUUCAUCACACAUGGAGAUGUGGGUGUAGGCACGAUCGUGGGCUCAGCUGUCUUCAACAUUCUCUGCAUCAUUGGUGUGUGUGGAAUUUUCGCAGGACAGGUUGUCUUUCUCACCAAGUAUGCUGUGUUUCGGGACUCCCUUUACUACACGCUGUCUGUUGUAGCACUUAUAGUAUUCAUCUAUGAUGGGCAGAUUAUGUGGUGGGAGAGUCUGGUUCUCAUGGUCAUGUAUGUUGGCUACAUAAUCAUUAUGAAGUUUAACACCAGCAUACAGAACUACUUUUCUGGUAAAGAAGAUAUGGGUGUUGCCAAUGGUAAUGCCGUGACCAGCGAGUUGGAGGAUGGUAAUGCAUAUUAUGAGCAGUUUUGGGAUGAUCCCUCAUGGCCAUUACUCAGUUCAGUAAAACCUAAUAAGAUGUACACUCGUGGCUCAGUUGUAAUGGUGGAUGAGAUGAUGAACUCCAGUCCUCCAAACUACCGCUUCCCUGAGGCUGGUCUUAGAGUCAUGAUCACCAACCGCUUUGGGCCUAAAACCCGCCUGCGUAUGGCAAGCAGACUCAUCAUUAAUGAGCAACAGCGACUAAUGCAGGGAUCCAAUGGAGUGGACGGCACAUUAGUGGCUGAUGGGAAAGCAGACACCAUGGAGAAUGGAAACGUACCAGAGGACAAACUAACAGAGGAGGAGGAGGAAAAUGAGUUGUCUUCACCCUUCAUCAUGCCUGGAGGCACUAUGAACAGAGUGAAGUUCCUCAUUUCAUGGCCUAUACUGGUGCUGCUGUACUUCACCGUGCCGAACUGUGGGAAGCCACGCUGGGAGAAUUUCUUCAUGCUCUCCUUUUUUCUCUCCACUCUGUGGAUAGCUAUCUUCUCAUACUUCAUGGUGUGGAUGGUGACGAUUAUCGGAUACACACUUGGAAUACCUGAUGUUAUAAUGGGAAUCACUUUUCUUGCAGCCGGCACCAGUGUUCCUGACUGUAUAGCUAGCCUUAUAGUCGCUCGACAAGGCCUGGGAGAUAUGGCCGUUUCCAAUACAAUCGGCAGUAAUGUCUUUGAUAUCCUGGUUGGGCUCGGUGUUCCUUGGGGCAUCCAGACGAUGGCUGUCAACUAUGGAUCAGUGGUGAAAAUCAACAGUAGAGGAUUGGUGUAUUCUGUGGUGCUGCUCCUGGGAUCAGUGGCUUUGACUGUCCUGGGGAUCCACGUGAACAGGUGGAAGCUGGACUUAAAGUUGGGUGUGUAUGUGCUCCUGCUGUACGCCGUCUUCCUGUGCAUCUCCAUUUUGAUCGAGUACAACAUUUUUACCUUCGUCAAUUUCCCCAUGUGUCAGGAAGUCUGAAACCUUUUGUUUCUGAAUCACUUCCAGACUGGACCUACCAUCACAAUCUCUUAUCAGAUUUACGUCAUUUUGUCCCAACCUUUUUUCAUUCCUGAAUAUCCGUCAUGUCCGACAUCAUGCGUUCAGUGCAAAGACUUAAAAUUCUGCUGUACCUGCCCAUGAAGAUGAACGUUCAGUUCUCUGUCCAGGACUCGCUCUGACUGGACCUUCUCACAUUAGCAGCAUAGCAUGUCUAUUUGAAUUGGAUCUACAUGGGCGUAGCCUGAACAUCUUCUCUAUAUACACAGUAGAAAGAGGAAUGCUGUUCAGUGGAAACAUCCAAAUGCAUCCCAUUUACAUCUGGUCUUCCUUGGAGAAAAAUCAAAUCAAAACAAAAAUGAACCUUGCACUUUAGACAUAUAGGGUGAAGACUCUAGGCCACACUAUGAUCGCAGUGAGGAAAGACCUCAGCUCUUUUCUGCUGCAAUGCAAUAAGGAGAAAUAAAGACAGAAGAAGUGUUUAAUGACAAUUAAUGUCAUGAGAGAGUUUUUUUUUCUUUUUUGAAGUGUGAAGGACGAUAAUAUUUUUGUUAAGUCAGCAGUGCAGUACAGUAGGACUGUGACAGCAGCCUGUAUGAGAAGAGACACCAUCAAUUUGUCCUGCUGUGGAAUAUCCAUCCUGUAGUGAUUAAGAUUCACGUCUGCUCCUGGCUCUUGCACAACAAUACAGACAGACAAGGACCGAUUAAAACCGUUUGAGCUCCUUGAUGGUACAGAAGACAAAUUUCACUCAUUCACUGAUGAGACAAAGACCACAACCACAGAUCUUGAUGUUGUAUUUUUUGUUUAUAUGUAAAUAUGACAUUAAAAGUCCUCCUAUUUGAACUAGUGCUUCCUUCCAGGUAUAGGGCAGGAGGAGUGGAUGCACAUCCAUGACUGGAACGGUCGAAUUUUCUUUCUUUUUGAACCGUUCUCUCCAGCUCUCCUUUCUGGGUCUCUGUACUGUUUGUCUGUGCUGCAUGAUUUGACGCAGCAGAUCAUGUCGAUCUCCCUAUAUGGCAGCUACCACUCCAUCCUGCACCAAACUCAAGAGGCUCAGGAGAUUAGACCCCCGAGUAAAGGGCAGAUGUGUUUGUGUCAGUGAGUGUCAGUUGUGGAAAUGUCAGGUGUCGUUGUUCAGUGCUAAAAGGUGCCGUCGCUGUUAUCCAUGUGGAAAGGCAGGUGUGUGUGUGCGCAGUGUUUCAGUGUGUGCAGUAUAUAUAUAUAUUGCAUAAUAUGUAUGCAAGUGAAAUCUGUAACCAGUAAGCUGUAACCAGAAGGGCUGGUUCUAUUUAAAUACCCUUGUGGCUCAAGCAUGCAAAUAUUCAUACUACCCUACACUAUUAGUGCUACGAGGAAUGGCACAUUUUUUGUACAUGGCUGUGUGCUGUGCAUAUGGUGUGAGGUGAUUGAUUUUAUUUUUAUUUUUAUUUUUAUAUUUUACAAGGUAGUUGAUCAGUCUUCAGACAGAAUAUGACCUAUAAACUGUUUAGGUUGUUUCAAGAUAAGAUCAAGAAUGUUGCUUGUUUGGAUUCGUCAGUCCAUGUGCUAUUAACACAUUGUGUGUUUCAAGAAAGAUUAGGAAUUACACAAUUUACUUCCAUAUCUGUUUUGCUUGGAAUUUCUAUAAUGAUUCACAUAUAUGCAACUAUUUUCCUAUUUGAUUAUUGAGCCAAGGUUUUGUUCUUGUUAUCGUAACAGCUAGUAGGCUACAAUAGUACAUAUAAUGAAUUCAUAUAUUCAUUAAUUAAUAGCAAAAUUAUAACAAAUCGGUGUAGAUAAGCCAUUCGUAUGAUCUAUUUUGAAGUCAGUUGUUCUGUGGCAUGUCUGUUAUUAUAAUGGUUAUUAAUUCUACAUUUGAACGGAAAAAUCAGUAUUUUUGACUCUAGCUGUAUUUUAUAAACUGUGCACUUCAACACAACUGAGUGACCGGAUUAUUGUUUUCUUCCUUUCGGGGAUUAGGAUCACUCAGGAGGUGGUAUCUUCGUUACCAGUGGUAGCAUUGUGACAUGAAGCGAAGUAUGCACAGAAAAACCUAGCGUAUACCUCUUCAGGGGAAACCUUUUAAGUUAAAUGAAGGUGUUUUAAAAACCUACAGUACAUUUAAGUUCAUGCAUGAAAGUGCACACCUACAGGACACAUGCACUGUUUUUUGUUCACACAUACACGUGCAGUCUUAAUUCAGAGUAAACUGUGACCUGCUGCACUGUGGGCUGGGGGAAACGUGAGCUUGAGCUGGAUUGGUUUCCAAGCCACUGAUACAAAAAGAUAAUAAUUGAAUAGGUACUGUAUGACAACAGUGUUUAACUUGAAUGUAUUGUCUUGCUAUAAAUGGAUGUAUCCAACCAAUGCAUUUUAUUGUGAAGCAAUAAAAUAUUCUAAAAUAUUAUCAUUCAUAUUUGAAUCAUAAGAAAAUUGUAUGGACACAAAUUAAACUUCUACAAUUUAUAAA